AGAAAGAACAUCGUCGAAGCAGAAGCGGCGACGAGAAUUUAUCAAGACAUCAUAAAAAAUCAUAAAAUAUUGCCUAUUCACCCUGUGCUGCUCGACGCUAUGCUGAACAUGCUAAUUUGUUUUGGACUUUGAAACUAAUAACGGAAAGUCCACUGAUACCGACUGAGAUAUAUAAAGCACCACAAGACUUUGAACCCAGCUGUCACCAUGGCCGUCUGGAUCCUAAGUUGUGUUCUUCUAGCGCUUCAAGCCUUGUCCUGUGCUAGUGGAAUAAGAUGGUGCACAAUCUCAGAUCAAGAGAAGAACAAAUGUAUUGCCAUGGCGAAGGCAUUCUCGGACGCCGGAAUCAACCCUAGCUUGGUGUGCGUCAGCGAUUCUUCAAUCACUGGAUGCGCGCGGAAAUUAAUGACCAGUCACGCCGAUGCAUUUUCACUGAGCGCGAAGGACAUUUAUACCAUCGGGAAGGAAGCCACCUUCAAGGUUGCUGCAGGAGAGUCUGACAUGGAUGGUAAGGGGACCACAUACUACGCGGUGGCGGUCGUGAAAAAGAGCAAUUCCGCGAUCAACAUCAACAACCUGAAGGGAAAGAAGUCAUGCCACACGGGCGUAGGACGCACGGCCGGCUGGAACAUGCCCCUGGGAUACUUGAUUGACAGCGGCAGGAUGUCCGUCAUGGGCUGCGACAUCACGCAAGGAGUCGCAGACUUCUUCUCAGCCAGCUGUAUUCCGGGCAUCCAGGGCCAUCCCUCCUUGUGCCAGCUGUGCAUCGGAGACCAAGUGGGUCAGAACAAGUGUUCCGCAAGCCCCAGCGAGAGAUACUACUCCUACGAGGGGGCUUUCAGGUGUCUGGCUGAAGGGGCAGGGGACGUGGCCUUUGUGAAGCACACCACAGUCAGGAACAACACUAACGGCAACAAUAUGGACCCAUGGGCCCAGAAUCUGCUGUCAUCGGACUACCAGCUGCUUUGCCGGGAUGGGACAAAGGCUCCAGUGACAGAGUACCAGACCUGUCACCUGGCUCGAGUCCCCUCCAGGGGCAUUGUGGUGCGGAACGAAGUCGACAGCAACGUGGUCUACAACAUGCUACGCGAGGGACUGGAAAAAACAAACUUCCCCAUGUUUUCUUCUGCGCAAUAUGGGGGCAGGAACCUGAUGUUCAGUGACAUGUCCACCAUGUUCCUCCCUCCUGGUAUGGAGGAGUACAAGGCCUGGAUGGGCUCCAGGUACUACAAUGCUCUCAGAGCCAUGGACUGCACAGAUAUCCCAAAAGUCCUGCGCUGGUGCGUGCUGUCUGACGGCGAGCAGAAGAAGUGUGUGGACAUGGCGAACGCCUUCCUCCAGAAAAAACUGACUCCCGAUAUUCAGUGCGCUUACGCGAAUUCUGUGGAACAGUGCAUGCAGAAGAUACAGAACAAUGAGGCUGAUGCCAUCACUCUGGAUGGAGGCUUCAUCUACACGGCAGGGAAGGACCACGGCCUGGUGCCUGCGUCAGGAGAGAGCUACACAGGAGGCACCGACGGCAGUGUUUACUAUGCCGUGGCUGUGCUGAAGAAGAACAACAUGAACAUUCACACCUUCAGGGAGCUGCAGGGCACUACGUCCUGUCACACAGGCUAUGGGAGGACCGCUGGCUGGAACGUCCCCAUGGCUGUCCUCAUAGAGAAGGCUCUGAUCCGGCCUCAGGAGUGCCAGGUCCCCCAAGCUGCUGCAGAGUUCUUCCAGGCCAGCUGUGUCCCAGGAGCCAACAGGCCGGGGUUUCCCAGCAGCCUUUGUGAGCAGUGUGCCGGAGACAGCAAAGGCAACAACAAGUGUGUGAGAGACAUGGAUCGCUACGACGGCUACAAUGGAGCAUUCAGGUGCAUGGUAGAAGGUUCCGGAGAGGUGGCUUUCGUCAAACACACCACUGUGUUCCAGAACACUGACGGUAACUCCACAGAGCCGUGGGCUAUAAAUCUGGAGUCUAAGAACUUCCAGCUGCUCUGUCCCCACGGAGCGCGCGCUGAGGUCACGCAGUACGGUCAGUGUAACCUGGCCAGAGUGCCCUCCCACGCCGUCAUGGUGCGCCCCAACACCAACGCACACGCCGUCUUCGGCCUCCUGGACAAAGCCCAGGCCUUCUUCGGUGGUGGCACGGGCUCCGGCUUCCGCAUGUUCGACUCCUCCAAGUACGGCGGCGCCGACUACAUCUUCAAAGACUCCACGAAGAAGAUGAUCGGCGUGGCGGAUAAGAAGACGUACCAGGACUGGCUGGGGCAGAGCUACAUCCAGUCCCUGCAGGUGCUGGACUGCCCCUCCUCUGCUACAGCUUUGUCCUCGGUCUCCCUGGUUCUGGCGGCUCUCCUCUCCUCCCUGCUCACCCUGCUCUCCAUGUGAGAAAACCCGGGUUCCAGACAGGCCCCGCCCACCCUCACACAACCAGCCCCUCCUUUCUUCCUGUUUCCUGUUUCCUGUUCUCACUCAGAGCACUUAACGACAGCCAACUUGGAUUAAAAAAAUUUAAAUGCUUAAGCCUUUUGACAACAGUAAGUCUUGCAGCCUGCAGACUGCAUACAAUUGAAGAAAUUUCAAGUUUUUCUUUUUUUUUUUGCUUGAUCGAUCGGUAAAUUCUCAGGGAUUUGCAGGAGAGAUUAAAAAACUGCCACCAAAUUCUUAAAAUGUAACUGCCAUUAACUCAAAUAUAUAUAUUUGAUAACUGGCCUGGCCUACAGGCAGUUAUGACCAAAAUGCGGUACAGGGUUGUUUUUAUUUUAUUUUAAAUUUUUUUGGAAGUUUUUUCUGACAGUGUGAAGAAAUCUUACUGAAAUUAUACUGACCAGUGAACCAGGUGGCCUAGAUGCUCGGGGAAAGAGCUGAAUGAUUUUUUAAAGAGUUACGUCGCCUAACGAUGGUUUUCCAUCUGCUAUAGGUAAAAAGCCAUGUCAGUGCACGUGCUUUGCCUGUUACGUACGUGAACGUGUACUUUUAGAUCUUCACUGAGGAAGAUGUUUAGAAACUACUUGAAGGCACAUGCCAUAUCAGGGAAUAUGCAGUGCCUUGUGCGUUUUCCCUGGCUUGCACUAGUUUACCUGCCGUCUGCAGGCAGUUUGUGAUGGACUGUGGGGCAGGGGUUGAUGAUAGUGUUGUACAAUCACACACGGACAGUACAAAGAUUCAAAUGCGGGGCAAUUUUGUGUAGCCCGGAUAAUCCAAAGACGUGCAGCCCAGGUGAAAAUGAGUAUCUCUGGCUAACUCUGGCACAUUUAUAGAAAUGUUAUUGGUGUGUGUCAUGGUGACGCAUGGCUUAAGUAACCUUGAUGCAGGCAUCAGUUGGUUACAGUUUCACACCGAGGACCGGGGUUCCUUCUGGUCCUGCCAAUGCUGAGUUUGGCCGGCUCUCAUGGAGUGGCAUAAUUGACACACCAAUGGGAAGAAUUAGAAACACAAAUUUAACAAAUAAUAAUAAAAGGGAUGCAAUAAAAUUGUCAGACAUUUGUGUCUUUUUACUGUGCAGGUGUACUUGCGUACUUUAGUCAGCCUUGCUGUGGGGAAUUCCCAUAUAUUUUCCCCUCAGAUUCUAGAAAGAGCAGCUCGACAGCUUUGAACAUGUUGGCCGGGUUACAUUAUUAAUCUGGGCACACAGUAUAUGACAUUGCUACUCCAGCACCUUGGCUGAAUAUGAUGAUGAUGCUGUGAGCAGAAUCGGAGAUAAAAGGCAUCGGAGCAGUGACGCUCCCUCAAAAAAAACGUUCGGUCUGGGCCAUUGCUGCACAGAUGCAUUCUGGGAACUCAAGUCUUGUGGGUGUCCAUUUUGCCAGAAGAUCCCCAAGCUUUAAGAUGCCAAAUGAGAGUUCUGGAAACAGAGCUACCCAAGAGCUGUGCCCUAACAUGUAUGUAUGUUGCCAUUAUUGUCAAUAAAUGGGGCAAGCUUUUUCAUAUACUGUACCUCAGAUAAAGACCCAGUGCUUUCCCUGUUCUUAGCGAGACGAACAUACCUUCUGAAGCUAAUGCAGUGGCAACAUGUCUGUCGUGCAAAUAGAGUCUUUAUUUUGUCCAAACGCUGCCUCUGUUGAUUUUGCACUGUAAAAAAUGUAUUUCUUACUGUAUACUUGUACUGCACAUAUGCAAUAAGAGGCUUCAAUCCAGAUUUAGCUGCUUGAUUUUUAUAUGUAAUAUUGAGAGAUUUAUUUUUAUAAGAUGUUCAGAUGCCAUAUCAGUGUAUAUGUACUGACUCGCUGCUGUUUUUUUUAUGAUGCUUGCCUUCAAUGAUGCUUGCCUUCAAAAUGAAUGCUAAUAAAUUAAUAUUCAUGUAGCUAAUAUUUAGU